AAUACUAUUGUUGGGUUGGCACUUCUUUUCUUGGUUUGACAAUCCAAGAGUGCUGUGACAAGCGCUUUAUAAAAACAUACUCAGACUGGUUUGAGAAGGUUUUAAAAAAGAUGAAGUUAAGUUACCGUGAUAUUUUCGUUCUUUUUUACAUUGAUGUGGAACGGGAUUUGUAAAAGAUCUUUUGCAUCCAUUGGCAAGUGAGAUUGCAAUAGUUGAUACUUUCCUACUGUCCUCAGUGAAUACUGAAACACUUAAUAGUUAUUUGAAAGUGGAAACCUAUCUGAACUUUCUUUUGCAACAUGAUCAGAAAUUUCUGAAAGCAAUUCCAUUAAAAAAUGUUGUCAUGAAUUUGUGAUCCACUACAGUGCUAAAUGGAGCCUAUGAUCUAUAUGUUUAGUUAUUGCAGCUGUUUCAUGAUAAAAAAAAAACUCCACUUUGUUAAGAAAUAUUAUGCCAAAAAGAUUACUUACCAAAACUAUUCUUGCAGACAUGAUUUUCCCUUCUAGUGUAUUGAACAUUCUACUUUCACUUAAUUUGUGUGUAAUGUGUUUGAGGAAACACAAUUAUGGACAAUCAAGAAGGUUACUUAUAAACUGGAGAAAGAUAAUCUGGUUUAUGCUGCAAUUCGGAUGUUCAAAACCAUAAGGUGUUGACUGUAGGUUAUGUCAUAUUCACAAAAGCUGGGAAAUUUUGACUGUUUUUAAAGGUGGAGUGGUACAUAAAAGUUCUGCCACAUUGUUUCUUGUUGUUCUACAGAACCAUCUUGCAACAAAAUGGUAAACAUGUUCACAUGUACUACUAUGUCUGAUUUAUUUCUCCGAUUGGCUACUUUCCCAAAUUUAAAGGAUGAGGCCAUUUCUUUUGCCCAGAAAGUUGUGAAACCAUUGCUUCAGCUGUUGGAUGAGAAUGGUCCUGUUGCAGAGAAAGCAGUUGAUUUACUGGGUUUACUUAUUAAACUCUUCCCCUCAUCUGUAUAUCGGCACUUCAAUAAUGUUGAAUCCACCAUUACAACAAAAAUUAUGAGUGGUCAAUGCAAUCUUCAAGAAUUAAAGAAACUUGCCAGCACUUUAGCACUGUUACCUUAUGUCAGAUUUUCUCAGUGUAGUACGUCGCUGAUGAUUCAAAAGUUAUUGGUUAUGGUAAACAAUAUGUUGAAUGACACUUUUGUUGGACUUGAAAAAGAAGAUACUGAUUAUGAGCUAAUGAUGCUGCUAGCUCCACCUGGAAGUAAAUUAGUACCUCCAUUGGGAGGACAGACAACUUGUGGAGAUAAACACAUUCAUUCAACAAAGAAAUUUCAUGCAUAUAUAGUACCUACAAUUUCGGCUCUCGUACAUUGUUGUUCUAUGAUGCUAACUAGUCCUUAUCCAGCUCAGGUGAUCAAUAUUCCAGUUCGUGCAUUGGUAACUUUAAUACAAAAGGUUCUGUUGAUUGAUGGAUCUUUGCUGUUGCAAUCAAAUACUCCCUUGUGUCAGGAGCUUAUUUGUUCUGAAAUUCCAACAUUGCAUUCAAUAUUUUUGGAUUUGCUUGCUUCCACUAUUAAAGGAAUGCGCAGCUCACUCGUACCACAUGCUGGUACUGUCGUAAUGCUCAUAGCUGAGUACUUCAAAAAAGCAAAACUGCCUGCAUUAAGAAGAAAACUCUACACCAUUGUGCAGUUAUUGCUGAGUUCCAUGGGUGUCGGUAUGGCUGUGCAAUUAUUUCAGGUGGUCGUCAGCAAUAUUUUUGCUGAUCUGGAUGAUGAUGCUGGAAGUAGCUCAUACUCAUUAAGAACAUAUCCAAUAGAAGCAACAAUUUGGUCAUCAUCAAAAAGUUCAGACAACAGGAGGCAGACACAGCAACUGCAAAGCUCAAUUGCUGUGAGUUCUGAACCUACAUGUAAUAGACAACUGAUGCCUCCACUAUGUGUCAAAAUUGCUGCACUGGAGACGCUGGAAUUAAUACUGAAUUUGGGGGGUUUAUUUAAUGGCUCCUGGAGAUCAGAAAUGGACCUGCUCCUUAUUGAUGUUGCUACUAAAGCCUGUUACAAAGCAGGGAUGUAUGAACAAAGUCCACCCUGGACUGAAGACCCAAGUAUAUCAGACUUCCAGUUAGCCGCAUUUAGAGCACUUUUGGCAUCCUUUCUUUCCACUCAUCAUGAACGCCCUCUUUAUUUAGAAGAAGGUCUUGAACUCUUUAAUAGAGGGAAGCUGGAGACUGGCACUGAGCUGGCGAAAUUUUGUUCACAUGCUUUGCUAGCUUUGGAUGCUCGUAUACACCCUCGACAACUCCAUCCACAGUAUAUUUCAAAAAUAGUGGCUCGUGAUGACCUUGGAUUUGUAUCACAACCUUCACAUUCUGUACGCAAGCAUCGAGCCACCGAUGAUUUGGGAGAUGAUUGCAUGUACCGUCUAGUAUCUGUUGCUAUAGAACCAGUAGAUCCUUUGACAAAAGACAAUGCUGUAGAGAAUUGUACACCGGUUGAGUUUUCCGGAGAACUUUCAAUGCAAAAUGAUGCUCAGCAGACACACAUAAUCACUGGAGAACAUCCUCCAGAAAUCACUGCAUAUUGUCUUACCGAGGAAGUACAAGCUGUUAAAAUGACAGAUGGAUUAUAUGGUAAUCCUUCUGAUUUUGGCACAUUGGGGAAUUCCAUUCCUCCUGACUCUUUCAGCUUUACUCCACCAGAUUUUUAUAACCCUGGGGAUGAAACUUCAACCAAGAAGUGCAUUCUGUCAGGUGAUGCUUCCAGCAGGCAGAAUGUGCCAAAUCAUGCUUCAGGAACCUCCACUGCAGCAAGUGUGUGUCAUUCUGAAUGGGACUCUCUUGACCCAUUGCUGGAUAUCGGUGAUGCUAAUCUUGAUCCUGGUUUUUUCCCGGACAUGGUUGAUGUUGACCCUGGAUCUGAUUAGAAGAUCGGCUUGUGAAUCUUCUACUGGUGUAUUGAGUUAAUUGAGGAAGUUUCCAUUUUGGGAUACAAUAAGGGGGCAUUUGGAAUUCAUAAAGGUUUCAUGUAUGAUUAUGUUGUACAAAUGUGAAGAGAUGAAAUACAGAAAAAAAAAUCAUGACAAGAAGACCGCCGGUACUCAGCAUGAAUGUGGGAUUCACGGACAUUAGUGCCCAGCAACUUUGUAAUGGUGAGCAGGACGAUGAAUGCUCGUUCAUCAGAGCAAACUGCUCGGUCAUUUCUUGUAUUUUGUUUUCUUUCUAAUUUAAAUGCAUAGAGUUUUUAGUGAACAUAAGGAGUGAUUCCCAUAAUUGGAUAUCUUUGGUGUUUCUGUGUAAGUUCCGCAAUCUGCAUGCUCACAUUUAUUUUUUUGAACGAAUCAUGCUCACAUUUACUGAUCCAGGAGGUUUGCAAUAAGGAUCUGAUGAGAACACAGGAAUUUCAUUGGAAACAAAAGAUAGCUGCAUUUCGUUGUGUGUA